CGUCCUACUCAUCAAACUCAAACAGGGGAACGCACACCACCAUAUAGCUAUUACUGCAGGAGUAGUGUUUUUCAGAUAGACACUUAGGCAAGCUAUUUCCUGUCAACCGCGGAUUUUAUGAUGCUGCUGGACUUUUCGUGGAAAUAUUUUUUACGCAUUUUCAUAAUGGGUUUUUUGAUGGGACCCUUGUGCAUAAAUACAGAUGCGGCUCAAGGAGUUUUCCCUGAAGGUCCAACUGGACAGGAAUCUAAAGAGGAUGCUGGGAUUUUUUUAAACCAGCUGCUUCCUGUGAAACUCACCCAGCCAGUAGCUCAGCAAUCGCUGAUCAAAGACAAAGGUGCAAUUCCCAGAAGAAAACGCAACAUUCUGUUUCCCAGUGGAGUUAGGCUUUGCUCGCAAGACACUAUGCAGCAAGCCGUUGCAAAUCACCUGAACUACUUCCAUGUCCGAGUUUGCCAGGAGACCAUCUGGGAGGCCUUCAAGAUCUUCUGGGACCGCCUACCAGAGAGGGAUGAAUAUCGCCGCUGGAUGUCCAUGUGUCAGGAGGGCAAUGUCUCAGCCCGGGAUAUUGCCUCUAAUUUCAGCCAAUCAGAGGAGCACCUGUCCUUGGUUCGGAGUAGAAUUUCAUCAACGGAGUUAAGCAGUGAGCCAAUCAACCCAUUGCUACCCGAGUGCAGCGCUCAGAUGACAUCACCCCCUCCCAGUCAAGAUACUGUCACCACCCAACAAGAUGGGGAUAUCGCUGUUCCUGGACAAGAGUCCUUCAUGGAUGGGGUGGUCUCAACUGCCAUGCCAGACAUUACACAAGGUCUCGCUGUGACAGUUACCCGAGAUGUCUCUGUUGAGGUUGCUGCAGUGGUCACUGUGGAGGGCACUUCAGAGGUUACUGUGGCAACCACUCCAGAGGUCACUUCAGAGGUUACUGUGGCAACCACUUCAGAGGUUACUGCAGCGACCACUCCAGAGGCCACUUCAGAGGUUACUGCGGCGACCACUCCAGAGGCAACUUCAGAGGUUACUGUUGCAACAUCUCCAGAGGUCACAGAGGAGGUCACACAAAAGGUUCUGCCUGCGGUCACUGUGGAAGUCACGUCGGAGGUUGCUUUAGGGAUCACCCCAGAGGACACUGUGGAGGUCACUCCAGAGGUUACUAUGGCAAUCACUCCAGAGGUCUCUGUGGAGGCCACUCCAGAGGUCACUGUGGCAACCACUCCAAUGGUCACUGUGGAGGUCACACAAAAGAUUGUGCCUGAGGUCGCUGUGGAAGUCACCCCGGAGGUUGCUUUAGGGGUCACCCCGGAGGACACUGUGGAGGUCACUCCAGAGGUCACUGUGGAGGUCACUCCAGAUGUUACUAUGGCAGUCACUCCAGAGGUCACUGUGGAGGUCACUCCAGAUGUUACUAUGGCAGUCACUCCAGAAGUCACUGUGGAGGUCACUCCAGAGGUCACUGUGGAGGUCACUCCAGAAGUCACUGUGGAGGUCACUCCAGAGGUCACUGUGGAGGUCACUCCAGAUGUUACUAUGGCAGUCACUCCAGAGGUCACUGUGGAGGUCACUCCAGAUGUUACUAUGGCAAUCGCUCCAGAAGUCACUGUGGAGGUCACUCCAGAAGUCACUGUGGAGGUCACUCCAGAGGUCACUGUGGAGGUCACUCCAGAGGUCACGCAGAAGGUCCCGUCUGAGGUUAUUAAGGAAGUUAAGGUGGACACCCCAGAAUUUGUCUCGGAAAUCCCUGCUGAAGUCACUCCAGGAGUAAUUACUGAGGCUACAGCUGCCAGUGUGCAUUUUAAUAACAAGGAGGAUUUGAGCCACAAUGAGAUCGAGAUAGACCUGGACAUGGCGGCCAGACCAGCCCGGCCUGUGGGAGAGCAGGUGGUGGAGCUGAGCAUCCAGCUGAAGGGCGAGCAUUACAGCGAUGCACUGAAGGACCCCUCCAGCUCCCUCUACCAGCGGCUGGCCCGGCAGUUUACAGAGAAGAUUGAAGAUGUUUUUGAAAAGCUGCCAGGAUUUAAGAGUGUGGUUGUGCUGGAAUUCAGGGAGCACAGGGAUGCCAAAGGGGGCAGUGCUGUGGUGGUCCGAUAUGCCGUAACUCUGGAGGUCGAUGCAGAGGGUAUCAGCAACGAGACCAUGGACUACAUCAACCUGCAGUCGAACAUGGUGGAGAAAUCCUACCUGGAGCUUGAGGAGAGGCCCACUGUGGUCUACACCAUCACGGACUUCCGCAACUACAUCACCGAGGCCCUGCACAAGGAGAGCAUCCUGGGAAAUACCACGCUGGCAGUGGACCCUGACUCUCUACAGCUGGAGAGCGUGGAAACUCUCACUCCAUUCUUAAAACCCACCACUGGACCUGCUGGCACAAAUGAAUACAUGGACAACGUUCUUGCAGCAGAGAAGCCACCUGACAUGACCGGCAGGGAACUGAGCAGCAAUGAUGUCUUCGCUGGCCUCAGCAAGGAAGACUUCCUGUUCGACCCGUUCGAUUUGCCCGGCCUUCGUGGGGAGCCACCGAGCAUGGCCGCCGGGGAGAACGAUGUCCUCAUUCUGGAGGAGAGCCUCACUUUACCUCCUCCAGAGUUCAAUGACAAGACCUUUGAGAUGAACCUUGAGUCCACCUCCAAUUCAGACACAUCUCAAACCACUCCUCCACCUGUUGACCAGUAUAAUGGAGAUAUUGAAGAGGAGGGGUUCCUCUUCAGCAACACUGAACCCUCAAAGACAGAUAGUACAGUUGUGGAAAAGGGUGCUGAUGUCCCAAGCCUGAGCACAGCAGUGCCCUCUGGAGUUGAGCUCACAGAGAGCAACUUGCCUGCAGAGACCCUGAACACCAGCACCUACUUUGCAACAGCCAUCCCCACUGAGUCAGUGGCCACCCUGCAGGACGAGAAGGCCCUUAGUGACCUGUUUGACAUGGGCUCAGGGUCAGGCUUCUCUGGAGGGGAAAGGGAAUUGGAUGUCUGGCCAUGGUUCAUUCUGACAACAGAGAACCCGGGAGAAGUGGAGGUGCAGCCUUUGAUGGAGGGAGGAUCCACAGCAGAGACAGAUUCGGUGGUCACGGAAGGACCCACAUCAGAGACUGAUGCAGUGGUUAUGGAAGGACCCAUGGCAGGGAUCAAUCCAGUGGUCAUGGAAGAGAUGGAGGAAGAGGUUGAAUUUGAAAUCUACAGUAAGCAACCAGAAGAGGAGGAGGAGUAUUACGAAUCCACCAUACAAACAGAAGUUGUCAUAGAGGAUGAGGAACCUGAGCCAAAUGCAGAUCUGAGUGUGGAUGAGCCAUUUUUGGACAGAGUCCUGGUGACUCAGGACAUCCGCACUCACCCCCACUAUACCACCACUGAUCAGGCCCCUGUGUUCUGGACGAUGGGUGCUCUGGAGCUUUCCAUGCAGACACUAGAGGCUUCUGGAAUAUAUGAUGACUAUUACGUCAGUGAACCCUCAACUAUGGUCAUCCCGGUCACAGGUUACCCUGUCCUACCCACUGAUGUCACAACCGAGGCCCCAGUGCAGGGAGGACUAACGGUCACCGGCUCACAGUCCACUGAUGUCCUGGAAACCUCUUUGAUGACCAAGCCACCCGACAUGAUGGCUGUGGAAGUCAAACAUCCUCCAUUGGUCCAGGACAUAUCAUCAUCCUCUGAAAUCGAAACCAAAAUGGAGACGCCCGUCCACGAACAAUCAGAUUCAAGUUUGGACCCCCAUAUUUCACAGGGCUUCACUGACCCCCCUGCAUUUUCAGAGUCCACCAAUAAAGAGGGAGGUACCGAGAUCGAGACAGAGGUAGCAGUUGACCUGCCACCAGAGCCUCCAUCCAUGGGAUUCUCAGAGCAAGAGCUGGCUGAGGGUGAAAUCCAGGUAGUUAUGACAAGAGCACCUGUGGUCAGAGAAUUCCAAAGUCUUCCUAUCCCCACACCACUUUCCCCAGAGAGGGAGUCGCCUUUCACUCGAGUCUUCAACUCUGUGCCUGAAGAGGACGACUCUGUGCCGCUUCAUCCUUCAAUGAUGGACACUCCACCCCCUGACCUGUACUCAAUGGACAAAACCACCAUGGAUUUCUUACCUGAUUACAUGCUCUAUAGUGAAGUCACUCCUGCUUCACCUGAAGAAACACCUGAGAAAACACGUGAGGCCACAUUGGAGGAAGCUAAUAACUUGGAGAUUUUUGAAACAGAUGUAGCGCUCACCAUCCUUCCACCAUUUUACAGACCAACCUUCAGACCCACUGAGGGCUUGCUGGACAUAACCACACCUGCUGAAGAGGGUGCCGGUGACAUCGGCAUCAUGCCAGAACCUGGUGCCUCUGACUUCUCCAGGAUUCAGGAGGGCCAAGAUGGUGCAGAAGUGCUGGAGACACACAGGCCAGACUCUCUAAACUGGGACCUGGACCUGUUCUAUGACUCAUAUGACGUACUUCAGUAUGCUGGGGCAGGCCACCCGGAGGGUGAAGGCAGCAGGGACCCCGCCAGUAUUGCUCAAGAAACUGACAUGGCUAGUGUUGCUAUGCCCACUGGUAGAGGAAGGGCACUGACGGUGUUCUUCAGGCUUAGGGUCACGAAUAUGAUGUUCUCUGAGGACCUCUUCAACAAGAGCUCCCCUGAAUACAAAGCACUGGAGCAGAGAUUUAUGGAGCUGCUGGUCCCCUACCUACAGUCCAAUCUCAGCAACUUCCAGAACCUGGAGAUCCUCAACUUUAGGAAUGGAAGCAUUAUGGUGAACAGCAGAAUGAAGUUUGCGAAACCGGUGCCCCGUGAUGUCACAAACUCUGUCUACCUCAUCCUGGAGGAUUUCUGCCACACAGCCUACCAGACCAUGAAUCUCGCCAUCGACAAGUACUCUCUCGAUGUGGAGUCAGGUGACCAGGCGGACCCUUGUAAGUUCCAGGCGUGUAAUGAGUUUUCCCAGUGCACGGUGAACCCCUGGUCGGGCGAGGCAGAGUGCGUCUGCAAUGCGGGCUACUUCAGCGUGGACGGCCUGCCCUGCCAGAGCAUCUGCGAUGUGCGGCCAGACUUCUGCCAGAACGACGGGAAGUGCGAUGUCAUACCUGGCCAGGGCGCCAUCUGCAGGUGCCGAGUUGGGGAAAACUGGUGGUAUCGUGGGGCACACUGUGAGGAGUACGUUUCAGAGCCGCUGGUGGUGGGUAUUGCCAUUGCCUCUGUGGCCGGCUUCCUGCUGGUUGCCUCGGCGAUCAUUUUCUUCCUGGCCAGGACAGUGCGGGACCAGUAUGACAAGGAGGACCUGGAGGACCCGCUUAGCCAUGGCGACAGUGUCCCUUCGCUGGAGAGAGCCACUAAGUACAACCACAUGUACGACAACGACGUAACGUCUGAGUGUAGCCGCGACUACCACCAUUACCCGGAGGAACCCUGCUACAGUGCGGCCAGCCUAGAGGCCUCCACUGACUUCAGCAGCGAGGAGAUCCGACACAUCUACGAGAACACUGAACUCACAAAGGAGGAGAUUCAGGAUUGCAUACGGAUAAUUGAGUUGUAUUCCCGGGACCGUCAGUUUGCGGAAUAUGUACGGCAGCAUCAAGGGGCACUGGACGGCUGGAGGGAGAGCUCCAGCUCAUAGGUACAGGAUCCAAAACCAGGUCCUGUGAACAGCCAGAACCAUGCCUUCAUUGUUGAAGAGAGAGAGAGAGGGAGGAAGAGGGAGGAAGGAGGGAAAAGGAACAGAUCCUUGGGUGCUUUUUCCAUGUCUGCUGUUGCCAUUGUACUUUGACUAGAUGUUAGAGAAUGACUAGAGAUGGAUGAAUAUACUGAUGGACCAUUGUGACUCGAGGGACAUGGUCAUAAUCACAUUUGUCAAUGACAAUAAUUUGUCAUACUCUGUUCCGUUUGAUAUUGUUCUGUUUGAUAUUGACAAUGAAGUGUACAGUAAAAUGGUUUUUAUAGAUGGGGUAAAAAAGAAAUGCUGCUUUGUCAGUCAUUACUUUUAUCUGGUUCUGUUAUACACAUACACACACACACAAAAACGCACGCACACACACCUGGUUCUGUAUUUUGUUUGCAGAAUUUUUGUUUUAGCUAUUGGGGAGGUGGAUUAACGUGAGGUCAUCUUCAGUCAGUGCCUUCAUUGGUUCAGUCUGACCUGUGGUAGAACCCUGCUGAUCUGUAGUAGAACACUACUGAAAGUCAGGGUUCUCCCCAGCACAUCAGAGGAGAAUCCUCUACUCUGCCUGACAUGAACACACAAAAAAACCAACAAAACAAAAUAAUUGCUUAAUUGCAAAUGAUUUAGGAUUUAAUUUGAAUUGUAGUAAUUUCUUCUUAAAAGUAAUAAUUUUAAUACAUAAAUGUUGAACUGAAUUUCAUUAUUAGAUAUUUGUAUACAGCAGGUAUAGCAUGGGGUAUUUGGAAACCUUCUGUUGAAGUGCAAAUUGCCUUGCUGAAUCAAUGGAGUGAAUUAUGAUACUAAAUGUGGUGUACAGAAUUUUGAGUAGGGUGCUUAAGUGAAUUAGGACCAGACCUAUUCUUUUGUUUGUCUAUUUUAGCAUACCUCUUUGGAUGUCUGAAAUGUUGCGUAUGUACAUGUAAAACUAAAUUAAAUACAAAACCAUGAGAACAAAUAUACAUUUGGCAUCUGCCUUUUUGCAGUAGUACCCUAAAGCAGAACACAAACACUUUUUGUGCUGAAUUUCAGUUGUAUACUACAAAGGGAAUUAUGCCUGAGGAAAAAGUCAUGAUUCCCAUCUUAAAAGUGUAUGGCAAAAUUAGUAAACAUUUUAUGAAGUAAAAGGUGCCCUGGACACCAGUCUGAUUAAAUCUGAUAUUACAUUUUCCCAAACUGCGAGUGUUACAAACAGCAUUUCUGACCUUUCAGUUGGACAUGUUAAGGUUUCUUUUUUUAAAUUGAUGCUACACAUGUUUUUCGUUGUUAUUUUAUGAGCUCAAUAUUGAGUAAUGGUUUCCGCUGGAAAAAAAGCUUUAAAUUCUCUCUUGUCUUUCUACUUUUAUAAAAUGCUUUUAAUGUUUGCUAGUAUAUCGGAGCAUCAUGUUCUGUUUGUGGGCUAUUUCCUGUACAGAUCCUGUAUGUGAGGUAAAGAACUUUACCAUACUGACAUAAAAGAUCAUGUGCAUCUCUUCAAAAGUAGGUGAAUUAUACCUUGGGAAUCUAUAUGCUUUGGAGUCUAUUUUUUAUACAUAUGCAUUUUUACAUCUCAAGAUAAACUUUUUAUCUCUGUACUGAAUAACAAGAGGUUAUAUACAUUGGUUUGUAAAUGUCUACUGGAAAGAGUUUAUUUAAUGGUUGACAUGUAAUGUUUGUUGUCAAAAUGCAUCAGGAAACCAAAGGUUUCUCAUUGUACAAACACUUUCAUUUUCUAAAUAAACAACAGGUUUCAGUA